GUCAAACGCAACAGCGAAAGACUGGAAACUCUGGCGCUAAUGUCACCACCACCACCCCAACACUAAAAACACGGCUCGACUGAUGUGUCAUUUACGACAUUAUUUACCUCUCAACCAUGAGACCUCUGCUUAAACUACAAAGACAGCUCCGUCGGUGCGUUUUGACCGGGAAUCUGCUCUGUUUUGCCGCUCAGAGCUGGGCUUGCUGAAUGAAAACAGCCCCGCAGGACUUUCUGACAACCCGCCGACUGGAAAAAUGUGAUUCAGGAAAUUCAGGCGUAGUUUCGCUCGUCCGGUUGUUUACAGACUUUAAUCGGCAGUUUUUGUUUCUGCAUAGCUGAAUUACUCUCUCGGUCACCGUUGUUUUGGGAUUAAACUUCAACUCUGGGUGGGAUAGUGACACGUUGCGCGCUAAGCUAAUUUAGCAUUCAACUCGGGUGAUUUAAACGCACAGUAAUCCGUUUAGAAGACGCUGUAGCUUUAAAAGACGCCGUUCGGAGCGAGGGAAAUACAGCUAAAGUGGUCUUGAAUGAUUGAUUAAACUAGCGGUUGGACUGCGUAACGUUAGUUUUGAUCGGCCUGAUUAAGACGAUCGAAGCUUCUCCGUAAUUUCACUUUAUAUGGGAUGCCUAUAGACGGGUGCAGGUGAUGUCCAGUGAGUGAAUUUGAGUUAGCAGAGGAUCAUGAUGGCUCAGCUGGAGAAUGGACGUCUGUCUUCUGAGGACACUAUGAGUGUGAGGACUCUGGGCAGUCAGUUUGAUGAGGAAAGCUCCUUCGGAUCGGACUCUGAAAUCAACGGGUUCACCAGCUCCAGACAGACCGACAAGUAUGGAUUCAUCGGAGGAGCCCAGCAGUAUUCAACCGAAAUGGCUCAAGAUGUGCCUCUGGCAGUGUUAAGACACAGGGAAGCCAAAUGGCUGGAUAUGUUAAACCAUUGGGACAAAUGGAUCAGUAAAAGGUUUAAGAAGGUGCGGCUGCGAUGUCAGAAAGGAAUCCCUCCAUCAUUGCGAGGCAGAGCCUGGCUUUACCUGUCAGGUGGGAAAGUGAAGAGGGAACAGAACGUUGGGAUGUUCAAGGAUCUGGACAGCAUGGAAGGAGACCCUAAGUGGAUUGAUGUGAUAGAGAGAGAUCUACACAGACAGUUUCCUUUCCAUGAGAUGUUUGUUUCCCGAGGAGGCCAUGGGCAACAGGACCUGUUCCGGGUGUUGAAGGCUUACACUCUUUACAGACCGGACGAGGGUUACUGUCAGGCUCAGGCUCCUAUUGCUGCUGUGCUUCUGAUGCACAUGCCUGCUGAGGAUGCUUUUUGGGGUCUUGUUCAGAUUUGUGAGAAGUACCUCCCUGGAUACUACAGUGCAGGCCUGGAGGCCAUACAGUUAGAUGGACUGAUCUUAAAUGCACUAUUAAAACGUGUGAGCCCUCCAGCCUAUCAGCACCUCGACAAACACAAGAUCGAGCCCAUCCUCUACAUGACAGAGUGGUUUAUGUGUGCGUUUUCCAGAACUCUGCCCUGGUCUUCUGUGCUCAGAGUGUGGGACAUGUUCCUCUGUGAUGGAGUGAAGAUCAUAUUUCGUGUCGGGCUGGUGUUGCUGAAGUGCAUGUUGGGAACACGUGAGAAACUGAAGGCUUGUCCUGGGCAGUAUGAGACUAUGGAGCUUCUCAAAGCCCUGGAGCCACGAUACAUGCAGGAGGCUUUCCUUGUACAUCAGGUGAUGGAGCUGCCCAUAUCUGCUCGAGAUGUUGAACGAGAACACCGUGUGCAACUAAAGCGCUGGCGGAAAACUCAUGGCGAGCUCAGCUACAAAUCUCCUCCCAGAAUGCACGGUGCUCAAGCCAUCAUGUCUGCCGAGCCGCAUUCCCGCCAAGACCUCCGUCAGAAGCCCACUAUUGUCGUUGAGUAUCCCUUCCCGUCAGACACUACAUCUAAUUUUGCUCGUGUCAGGAAGAGAAGCACUAUCCGAAAAGCCUCUAGCAAACUGGACAUCCCCAACCCAUAUGCCCUCCCCACAGACACCAAACCAGAAGGAGAAACGGCCUCAAACAAUCAGUCCAACCAUCCUCCUCCAUCACUAGAGCAAUCCCACCUCACUACACCAGCCAGAAAGACCACGCAAUCCCCUGAUCCACCCGACUCUGUCAUUCCAACCCCAUCACAUCCAUCUCAACCACCCAAACCCCGACCAUCUCCAAUUUUCUCUCACAUUCCUCCACCUCCUCAAACUUCUGCAGACCCCAGACCUCCACACCCAUUCGAAGUCCCUCACCCCUCCAAGAUUGAACCGCUUCAUAACCCAAAAGACUCAAACAACACCAACAACUCAGCCCACCUUAAAGAUCCUCCACACAAUUCAAACUCAAAUCCACUUCUUAUCGAGUCCAGGCCGCUUCCUCCAGAAUCCAGACAACUUCCUCCAGAAUCCAGACAACUUCCUCCAGAAUCCAGACAACUUCCUCCAGAAUCCAGACAACUUCCUCCAGAAUCCAGACAACUUCCCCCAGAAUCCCAGCAACUUCCCCCAGAAUCCCAGCAACUUCCCCCAGAAUCCCAGCAACUUCCCCCAGAAUCCCAGCAACUUCCCCCAGAAUCCCAGCAACUUCCUUUAGAAUCCGAGCAACUUCCUCCAGAAGCCAGACAACUUCCUCCGGAAUCCCCGCCAAUUCCUCCAGAAUCCCCACCGAUUCCUCCAGAACUCAAGCACCUUCCUCCAGAACCCGGGCACCUUCCUCCAGAACCCGGGCACCUUCCUCCAGAACCCGAGCACCUUCUUCCAGAACCCAAGCAACAUCACCCAGAAUCCACGCAACUGCCUUCAGAAUCUAGGGCACUUACCCCAGAAUCCAGGCCACUUACUCCAGGAUCUAGGCCACUUCCUGCAGAAUCCAGGCAGUUUACUCCAGAACCCAUACCACUUCCAGAACCCAGACAGCUUCCUCCCGAAUCAAGGCAACUUCCUUCACAAUCCAGAUUGCUUCCUCCUGACUCCAGUCUGUUUCCACUUCCUCCAGAAUUCAACCCACUUCCUCCAGAAUUCAGUCCACUUCCUCCAGGGUUCAGUCCACUUCCUCUUCCUCCAGAUUUCAGUCCUCUUCCACUACCUCCAGACUUUAGUCCACUUCCACUUCCUCCAGACUUCAGUCCUCUUCCACUUCCUCCAGAGUUCAGUCCACUUCCUCCAGACUUCAUUCCGCCUCUUCCAGAAUCCAGUCCUCUUCCUCCAGUUUCCAGUUCACUUCUUUCUAGUGAUGCUCCUGUGAAUGGCGACUUGGCUGCUGCUCCCAAAGUUCUCAGUUUACGUAACUCAUGUGAGAGUGUGGGUUCAGAGGACACAUACCUGUAGCUCUGUCAUUGUUCAGGGAGAUUGCAGUAUUGGAACCAGCUUUAUGAGCAUGACGGGAGGAACAUCUAUGAAUGUAUUUUGAGAUUUGGAAUUGACUGAAUCGUCACAAUUCUACUCUACACCAUCAGUAUCUUGCUUCAACUUCAGGAAUAUAUAAAAAUGAAUGAACAAGAAGGAUCCUAUGACAUUAAGUCUUUAAUUUGAUCAUGCACCAUGGAACUUUUUUCAUUGUGCUGGUUGAUAAUAUACUUCAGUCAGGGUAGGGCCAUUUUUUUCAUCAAGAAUGAAAAUGAGGUUGUGAAGAAUAGACAUACAUUUUACUCAUCCUUCUACUUUCUUUUAUCUUUUGAACACAAAAUGAUAUUUCGAAGAAAGCUGAAAAUCGUUGACUUCCAUGGUACUUGUUUUUCCUACUAUGGGUGUCAAUGUUUUUAGCUUUCUUCAGAAUAUCUUAUUUUCGUUCAACAGAAUAAAGGCUUGAAACCACUUUAGGGUUACAUAGCAAGACAUUUUUAUUUUUUUGAAUGAACUAUCCCUUUAAGUCUGUCCAUCACAGCCUUCUUUUCAAAUGUGUUAAAUUCAAUAUGGCGUCUAACCUGAAGUCUUUGUGUUACGAUAUUCAAAAAAUUAUCCUCAAUCAUAAGCAGAACAGACUUUAUAAUCAAAUACGUUGGGCUAGUUAUUAUGUUAUUCGCUGCUUAACAAUAUUAGGUCACUUUUUGCGAGAGAUGAUGAUAAUGUAAGACUCUCCAGUCUAACAGUCUUACAUUUAUAACCGCUCUUUUGAGGAUCACUAUUAUAAGAGUUUGUAUUAUUUAUGGCAUCCUCACUAAAUUGUUAACAUGUGCUACUCAUAAUAGGAGCAAAAGGAGCUUUUCUUGUUUCGACAUGUCUGUUACCAGUUGCUGAACGCAGAUUUAAGUGAACUUUAAAUAUGCAAAAAAAAAACCUUCAAACAAUAGUUCAUUAAAUCAAUUUGCUAGUAAGUUAAAUUUAUUCAAGCCAUCUGAUAUUAUUUUCUUCAGUAAGACAUUUAAAGAAGAUUUAUAGCUAAUAUUGUUGUCCUUGAUGAUUCAUGAAAUCCAAGUCAAUGGCUAACAGCUGUUUGAGAGUAAAAAAGCGUAUGAACAAAAUAAAUGUAAUAUUCGUGACAAUGCAUUGAGGUCUUAUAAAGCAAAACAAUUGGUCUGUGUGAAAACUGAACUCCUAUCACAUGAUUUUGUGUCCCAGAAUUUCAUGAAUGCACUCAGAGCUGCUUGCUGUUUAGCCUGUGGAUUAAAAGUAAUAAUGUUGUAAAUAAUGUAUAGUUUCUUGCAUAGACUGAUACUUUCUCUUCAGAAGACCUCAGUAUAUCAUCAGAAGCUUCCUGUAAUUCAUUUAGUUAUUUUUGUUCUGGUUUUUUGGAUCUCGAAGUAGCACUGGCUGUUGACUUAUAUUUUAUGAAUUCCUAGAGAGCACAGUUUAAGCAAAAAAAUUGCUUUAAUGUUCUAGAAAUAAACAUUUUUAAUGGAGUAAAUUACUAGUAAAUUCAUUUAAUUUUUUGAGCAAUUUAUCACUUUAAAAGUACAACAGCUGGUCACGGAAAUAUCAUUAAAAUGACAAAUAUGUACUUUAUUUACCCUUGAAACAUGCUGUUCAGGAGUGAAUGAUUUACAAAGUUGUCUUUUUAAAGGGACAGUCAAUUUUUUUUGGAAAUAGGCUCAUUUUACAUUCGUUUUAUCAUUUUUUUUAAAUACAUUAAGCUGAUCUCCUGGUCUGAAGGGAACACUUUUAGCUUAGCUUAGCAUAAAUCAUUGAAUCAGAUUAGACCAUUAGCAUCUCUCUCAAAAUUUAAUGGAAAUCUAUGGAAAUUAACAUUUUUAGGUCAAUAUUGCAAGGAAGUAUAUUCUCAUUGUGGUGUAAUCAAUGAAUUUUCACACCGGAACAAGAGUAUAUGUUCAUGUUGACUUAGAAAAUAGCAACUUUUCAUUUUCCUCAGUAAACAAUGUAACUAAAGAGUAAAGCUUUAUAUAAGAAUAAAAAAUAAUAAUAAUAAUUUAAUAUUAUUAUUUUAUUUUAAUUUUUCAUUUUUGAGCAAGAUGCUAAUGAUCUAAUCCGAUUCAAUGAUUUAUGCUAAGCUAACAGUGCUUCCGCCAGACCUGGAGAUAAACAUAAUGGAUUAAAAAUGGUAAAACUCGGCUGUUUAACACUAGGGGAGUUGUAAAACGAGCCUAUUUAAGGGGAGAGUUCCUUUAAGGGUAUCUCAUACUUUUUUUUUAUCCUAAGCAUUUUCUGUUUCCUGAGAGUUUUUUGUUGUUCAGCACAAGAAACACAAAUAUGAACACAUUUUAUUUAAAAAAAAAUGGCUGAUUUCUUGUGUUUAAACUGGUCUCCCAAACACCGUAUAUGUGAUUUGUCUUUUUAACACGUCUGAUAUAUUUAUGUUGUUGCUAAUAUGAGAGAAACCGAAGACUGUAAACCCUUUUUCAUCUCAAGCCUCCAGAUGGCGCACUUUCCCUACAAAUCAUCCAUUUCAUUUACUCAAACGUCUGAUAUAACCAUGUUACAUUGGGAAUUUAUUAAGACUCACCAACGAUCAUCUGUGAAGAGAGAAAUGUUACAAAACAGCUAAAACUUUAUUUUUCCUCACAAACACGUGAUUACAUUAUAGGGAGUUCAAUUCUGUUCUCGUUUUAGUAAUAGAUGAGACAUUCUGUCUGUUUUUGUGAGAUUUUUCAGCUGCAUCUUCAUAUUUUUGUUGAAAUUAUGGGAGCACUGUUUGCGUUUUUUGUUUGUUUUUUCAAUUAAUACUUUGGCAAAACACUCUGGUUUGUACAUCUAAUAUAUAAUCAAUCAACUGACUGUCGCAUCUAUGUAGAUUUUGUACAAAUAAAAGCACUUCUAAUAAUG